AUGGCCGCCCGAAUAGCUGCGCGGCUGCUAAGGGGCAAAGGACCUGACGUGGCAUUCGCAGCAGCAGCAAGCGGAAAUGCAGCCGAGGGUGUUUCCGCAGGCUCGGAAGGUGCAGUAGGUUCGGCAAGCGCAGCCUCGGAAAUCGGAAAUCCAGCCUCAGGAGCGGAUGUAGCAGCGGGGGAGGUGAUCGGCGCGGGGGAAGAAGCGGGGGAGGCGGAGUGGGGAACGUACCGCGACAGGCGCGUGGCGGUGCGGAGCUUCAGCGGGGAGGCGCGCGGAGAGGCGGUGCUGGACGGGACUAUAUUCGACGUGCCUGUACGGAGAGACAUCGUGCACCGCGUGGUGCUCUGGCAGCUCGCGAAGCGCCGCCAGGUGCGGCGGAGAGGAGUGCGGGGGAUUGGGUGGGAGGAAGAGGAGUACAGUGUUUGGGGAGGGGGGAGGCGAAGAGAGGGGACGAGGGUAGGGGCGGAGAGGAUGGAGUGGGUGGUGAAUUGCAUUGUAAUGGGUUCUGGGUGGUUGGGAUGGCGUUGCAAUGGGUGGGCACGGGCACGCACAGCACGAAGCGGGCGUGCGAGGUGCGCGGGUCGUCCAGCAAGCCUCAUCGCCUCGUCCUCACCCUCUCACUCCCCACAUUGUCCGUACACGCCCCCUCCCCCACCCGCGCAGGGCACGCACAGCACGAAGCGCGCGUGCGAGGUGCGGGGGUCGUCCAGCAAGCCAUGGAAGCAGAAGGGCACGGGGCGCGCCCGACACGGGUCCCGCCGGGGGCCGCAGUUCCGCGGUGGAGCCGCCAUGCACGGCCCCAAGCCGCGCUCGCACGCCUUCUCGCUCAACAAGAAGGUCCGCGCACUCGGGCUCAAGGCAGCGCUGUCGGCGCGGCUGAGGGAAGGACAGCUGGUCCUAUACUCUGAUUUGGAUCCGGGCAGCCCGAAAACGAAAGACAUGGCGCAGCACAUUGCCACGGCGUUCCCUGAGUCAAAGAAGAUCCUUUUCGUCGACGGUUCGCAACGGGCAGAUGAAACUUUGCUGCGGGCAUCUGGGAACCUGCACUAUGUGAAUGUUCUGCCAGUUGUGGGUCUGAACGUGUACAGCAUUGUGCAGCAUGAUGCCCUUGUGCUCUCGCUGCCGGCCCUGCAAGCCCUGGAGCACCGCCUCCUCUCCGCCAAGCGCCAGGUUCGGCCAGGCCUGGAGGAGAAGCUCUGCGCUGCUGCAGCUGCCACGGCCUGA